AUGACUUCCCUUCGCCGUCCUAAAGGAAUUAUUAUUGCUUUCCGAAGAGCAAUGGAAAAAAUGAUCUACGACUCCUACUCUGAUCUCUUCGGCUGCCACGUCUACAUGCCUACCUACCAUCUUAGACAAGACGGAUACAUCGUCCCUUCAAAUCAUCUCAAGACUGCGUCGCUGUAUAGGAAGGGAGAUCCAGACGACAUUGGCAGGCGAUAUCACCUCGCCGAAGUAUUCAGUGCCGCUCUCGAGAACAUUAUGCGUCAUACGGAAUGGAAAGGCAUGAGAGUGAAGGUCGGAAGCCCCUUCUCACAUCCAUCGAACAUCGAGCAGGCGGAGAAGUGCUGGCCGAAUUCGACAACGCUUGGGAAAGAUCAGAUUACGGCUGGACCAACCAAAGACGAUGUUCCAUGCGAAACGGGUCGGUACAUGAUGCUACUUCCAGAACAUCCCUGA